AUGUCCAGGCGCCGAAAUGGACGCCAGUUACUGGGCAGCGAGUCUGAUUCAGAAGGGUAUAACAUGCGUCCCAGACGAGCCAUUCGAUACGAAGAGUCUCUGCUGAAUGAGGAUUUAGAAGGUGAGAUUGACGCUCCAAAAAGAACCACCAGACGAGCCCGACUGAGAGUAAAAGACGACGAUGAUGAAGUCGAGGAUGAAGAGCUUUCAGCAUUGGAUGACGAGAUUCUGGGUGUGAAGCCAGUAAGACGCUCAAAGCGCGGUAAAGUUGAAGAACCAGACGAUUCGGACUUUCAUUCAUCAGAUGAAAUAUCGGAAAUUUCUGAUGAUUUUCUUCAACGAGAACAAGAAAAUGCAUUUGUGGCUUCUGACGACGAUGGUGCCGACUAUGGGUACGGAAAACGCAGAAAACGAAGAAAAACAGCAUCCCGUUCCAAGUCUGGAACCCCAGAGACAAGAGGCAGAAGACGCCAAUUACGAUCUGCAAAAGUGUCGGAUCUGGACUCCGACGCCAACAUCGAGGAUUCACCGGUUGAAGAAGAUGACACAAUUAGGGAGGAGAUAAACGACCUCUUUGAUUCUCCGGAAGCAUCACCAGUUCGUCACAACUUGCGUCAGAGACAAGUGAAAGUGGAUUACACUAUUCCUCCACCAAUUACGAAUGAUGCUGAGCUUGCAAAUCUCUCCGCUCUGCCAGAAAGAGGCAGACCAAGACGUCAGAACAUCAACAAAAAUGAGUACCGAAAACUACUUUUUCCAACUGCUGGCCCCUUUGGUGGAAGUGAUGUUGUACCUUUGUUUGGCAAAGGUGUUUCUGGUUCCACUGGCCUUCAAGGAAAUAUACCAAUAGGGCAGAUGUCCGACUCCGACUCUUCAGACGAUGAAAUAAAACCUAUUAAUGGCACAAAUUCGGGACAUUCAUCAUCACUCAUAAAUAAUACCAAGCUAAUCACCGGUGGUACUAACGAGGCUAAAGGUGCUAAGAAGAACAAUUUAAGUGAUACGGAUCCUCUCGGUGUCGACAUGAAUAUAGACUUUUCAGCCGUUGGUGGUUUGGAUAGCUAUAUUGACCAGCUCAAAGAAAUGGUCACCCUUCCUCUCCUCUACCCAGAGUUAUAUCAGAAUUUCAACAUCUCGCCUCCUAGGGGUGUCUUGUUUCAUGGACCACCGGGAACAGGAAAGACAUUGAUGGCGAGAGCCCUAGCUGCAACUUGCUCGACUUCCACACGAAAAAUUACAUUCUUCAUGAGAAAAGGUGCCGAUGCAUUAAGUAAAUGGGUUGGUGAGGCAGAACGUCAACUUCGUUUGCUCUUUGAAGAAGCAAAAAAGCAACAGCCAUCGAUCAUUUUCUUUGAUGAGAUUGAUGGUUUAGCACCAGUACGGUCCUCCAAGCAAGAGCAGAUUCACGCAAGUAUUGUUUCUACUUUACUUGCUUUGAUGGAUGGUAUGGAUAAUCGAGGUCAGGUUAUUGUUAUAGGAGCGACAAAUCGUCCUGAUUCUAUAGACCCUGCUUUGAGGAGACCUGGACGUUUUGACAGAGAGUUCUACUUCCCGCUUCCCGACGAGAAAGCUAGAGCACAGAUAUUACGGAUUCAAACGAAGAAAUGGAAUCCGCCGUUGUCUGAUGAAUUCAUCAAUAAAGUUGCCGGUCUUACAAAGGGCUAUGGGGGAGCUGAUUUACGAGCUUUGUGUGUGGAAGCUUCCUUGAUGAGUAUACAAAGAAAGUAUCCCCAGAUAUACCAAACUUCUGAUAAACUUCAGGUUGAUCCAUCAAAGGUAAAAGUUGUUGCCAAAGACUUUAUGAAAGCGAUAGAUAAAAUUGUUCCAUCGAGUGCCCGGCUGACAGCAUCCGGUUCAGCGCCUUUGCCAGAUAAUUUACUUCCUUUGUUGGAAGGUACAUUCAAUGAAAUCAAGUCAAAAUUGGAAGUUUUGCUUCCAGAUGCUUCGGCGCUGAGGUCAAACAAAAAGACGGAUCUUGAAGAAGCAAUGUACCUAGACCCUACUGUGAACGAUGAAGACGGAGGAUUUGGGCGGCAGAACCUUUUGAAGAACCUUGAAGACUCCCGAAUUUGCAAGCCUCAUUUGUUGAUCAGUGGACUACCCGGAAAUGGCCAACAGUACCUUGGCCCAGCAAUUCUAAAUCACUUAGAAGGCUUUCAAAUACAGCUUUUAGAUUUGGGAACCGUUUUUGGUGAUGUUACUCGAACCCCAGAACUGGCAAUUGUUCAGGCAUUUAUCGAAGCAAGAAGACAUCAGCCAUCCAUAUUGUUUUUACCUAACAUUGAUGUAUGGUAUCUGGUUAUGCCAUAUUCUGCCAGAGCGACUUUGGCAAGUUUGCUUAGAGGCCUUAAAAGCACGGAGAAAGUUUUACUAUUGGGGAUUUCCGAAACUCCCAGCUCGGAACUCGAUCACGAUAUCAAUUUGAUAUUUGGUUUUGAGAGCCCUCAAAACAAUGUACAUAUUGACGUUCCAUCGAGAGAAUCAAGAAUUCGCUUUUUCAAAAUCUUGAAAGAAGCGAUUAAGAUGCGCCCAUUCGAGUUCAUUAAUGAUUUUGAAAAUCGCCCAAAGAGAAAAUUGAAAAAGCUCAAAGUUGUCAGCACAGAAAGCAAUGUGAGCAAUGAUGUUAUCGACAAGAAGAGGUCCCGACAGAUAGAAUAUGAAGAUACAAAGUUGAAAAACUUGUUGAAAAUCAAGUUGGCUGGUUUGAUGGAUUUGUUCAAAACGAGAUACAAGCGAUUCAGAAAGCCGAUAAUUGAUGAGAAUCUUUUGUAUCAUUUGUUCGAACCUUCAGUUUUGGAAGAUACUACGACCCCGUAUGAAGUCUUAUACACGAGAUCCGAAGAUCCAGAACACGAAAACAUGAUUCGAGAAGUUAGUACUGGAAGGUACUAUUACAAUAUGGAUCUUGACAUAAUAGAAGAACGUCUCUGGAACGGAUACUAUUCGGAACCGAAGCAGUUUGUGAAAGACAUCCGUAUGAUUCUCAAGGACUCCAUAACGUCAGAGGACCGUGAGAGACUGUUAAAAGCAAAUGAAAUGUUGACCAAUGCUGAGGUUGCCAUUGAUGAGUUUAGUACUCCAGAUUUCUUGGCUUCAUGCAAAGAAAUGAGAGAAAGGGAAAAGCAAAAGCAAGAGAGAAUGGCUAAAGAGUAUGAGGCCAAAGAAGAGGAAAAUUUGAAAGAGAUCAAUAAGGAGAUACCAAAUGGAGAAAGUGAACCACAUGACUCAACAAAAGAAGAGAGUGAUGUGGUGAAUGAGACAGAGAAAACGGUCAAUGGAGAAGCCGAGAAAGAAGACGUAUCGAAAGAAGUUCCAGAAGCAGGAGUGUCAAAAGAGGCUGAACUUUCCGAAGAAGUUCAAGAGAAGCAAUUGCCUAAUGUCAAUAAUGGCGAUACCAAAGAAACUGAACCAGAUGUGGUAAUGGAAGCCACCAAUAAAGACGACGAAGAAGAAACAUCAGCGUCUGAAGCAGAGGAGGAAAUCUUCAACGACGAGCUGCGUCAAGUCGAAGUAGGGUCAAAUUUUGACGAUUUCUUUGAAAAUGAGUUGCCCAAUGUCACAGAGAAUUUCAGUGUUGAGAAGCUUGAGCUCUUAAAUGCUCGACUCAUGGACAUCAUAUGGAACUCUCGAAAAGAAUGGGACAAGACGUCUACAAUGGACAAUCUUGCUGCGACUGCCAAACGGUUUGCGUAG